AUGCCUCUCGUGCGCCGGCUUUUCCGCCUUCUCCGUCGGUUUUUGGACAUCUUUCAAGGAUGCAUCUCGUUCGCAUACAUCGCUGCAUUCUUUUCUGGAGAUGUUUUUGUUUUUGGGUGUUCUUCUCACUUUGUUGCACGUUCAUCCACAUCCCCCUCGCCGUCGCCUGAUUCUCCACGCUUGUCCUUCGCUUCUGCUACUGGCAUGGUGAAAUCUUCUUCAUCCCUACUGGCUUUUCAUAAGCAUUCUCUGCUCCUGCGUGCUAUUGCUUUCGUUGCUUUCGUUUCUUCUACUCUGAAUUUUCGGACUCUUUGUUCUCUGAUUAACUCUAAGCUUUCAAUUUCGAAAGUGUUGGAUAAGCUUCUUCCUUGUGAAAAGGAAAACUUAGAGUUAAUCAGAGAACAAAGAGUCCGAAAAUUCAGAGUAGAAGAAACGAAAGCAACGAAAGCAAUAGCACGCAGGAGCAGAGAAGGAAAAACCCUCGUUGGAAAAAAAAGAAUUGAGGUUAAGGCUGGUUUCUUUGUGCACAAUUUGAGGCAUGAAUUUGAUACCCUUGAUGAUGGCCUUGAAGAUGUUGAGGGUAAAUUGAAAGUGGAGGUUGAUAAGGAUGGUAAAGUGAAGAUCGUGGUGGAUAAGGAUGAAUUGAAACUGUUUGAACAUGAGUUAAUUAAUGGUGGUGUGGACAUGUCUUAUUUGAAAGGUUUCUGGCCGAAUGUUUUUCUUCGCGUAAGUGAUCGGAAUUUUUCUUACUGGUUCAUUCAGUUCUACAAGCACGGUGACAGAAUUUCUUCUUAUCGACUUCUUUAUUUCCAAGGUUGUAAACAACUUAAUGAUUCGGUUAUGCCCAAGCUGGAUGCUAUCCCCAGAGAUUCGGUGAUGACAUUAAGUGAAUUUAAGAAAUGUCUGGAUUUUGAUUGCACCGUGAAACAUUAUCAUCAUCAGGGUUCUCUGUUAUUGCGUGUUCGUGAAAUUCAUGUUCCGUUCUCGGCUUCCGGUUGGGAUGUGAAUGGUUCAUACUGGAAGGGUGUGUUGGGGAACCUUGGCCUUGCAGAAUCGUAUGUUGUUCUUGACUUGGAUAAUCCUCCCAAUUUUUCUACCAAAGAUAGAUUGCUUUGGAAUUCCUGGUUAAAGACUUGCUGUGAAAAGACUAUUGCUGGUUUAAAGACUAUUGCUGUGAAAAGACUACUG